AUGGUUGGGCUGCUCAUGCUGGAAUCGAGGAAAUCAAACACGGGAUAUACUCUAGCGACGUCGUUUAUUCAUCGUCAGCAUUUUGUUGAUCCAGAUGAUGACUCCAUCCAUACUCGAAACGUGGAAAACCUUUGGAUGCGCUAUGUUCAUAUCUAUCUAUCUAUCUAUCUAUUCCUAUUAAUUUCUUUCUAUGUCUGUCUGUCUGUCUGUCUUUCUUUCUUUCUUUCUUUCUUAUCCUAUGAUUUUCUUUCUUUCUUUUUUCUUUCUUUAAUCAUUCUUCUAAUUUUCUCUUUCUCUAAGCUUUUCAAUAUUUUCCUUUCUUUCUCUUCCUGUUUAAGAAUUCAUUUUUUUAAUUUUCUCCUCUUUCUAUUUGGCACACCCCUGGCGAAUUUUUCUCUUUUUCUUUCUUCUUUCUAUUUGAUACCAAACUCCUUUUUGGUCUUCCUUUCGUCUUCUAAAUCUUCAUUUUUCUCUUCUUCUUUCGAACGUUAUCUUCUUAUUUCCCCACUUCCUGUGAAACCAGUUUUCUUUCUAUCUUACUUCCUGUUGUCACUGUCUUUUCUCAAAUUCGUUCGUUUCUCCCUUCCUUUCUUGCUUUUUUCUUCCCUUCCUUUUUUCCUUCCCCCUUCCUUCUUUCUUUUCCUGAUUAGUUCGUUCGUUCCUCCCUUCCUUUCUUCCUUUUUCUUUCCUUCCUUUUUCCUUCCUUCCUUCUUUUUUUUCCUCAUUAGUUCGUUCGUUCCUCCCUUCCUUUCUUCCUUUUUUCUUUCCUUCCUUUUUUCCUACGCCCUUCCUUUGUUCUUUUCCUCAUUCGUCCGUUCAUUCGUUCCUCCCUUCCUUUCUUCCUUUUUUCUUUCCUUCCUUUUUUCCUUCCCCCUUCCUUCUUUCUUUUUCUCAUUAGUUCGUUCGUUCCUCCCUCCCUUUCUUCCUUUUCCUUUCCUUCUUUUUUCCUUCCUCCCUUCCUCAUUUCUUUUCCUCAUUCUUUCGUUCCUCCCAUCAUUUCUUCCUUUUUCUUUCCUUCCUUUUUUCCUUCCUACCCUCCUUCUUUUUUUCUUCGUUCGUUCCUUCUUUCCAUCGUUCGUUCGUUCCUAUUUUUUGCUCCCUUCCUUUCUUUCUUGCUUGUUUUUUUUCCUUCCUUUCUUUCUUUCUUUCUUUCUUUCUUUCUUUCUUUCUUUCUUUCUUCCUUCCUUCCUUCCUUCCUUACACUUUCCUUCUUUGUUUAUCAUUCGAUCACCCCAUCUACUUCAUUCUCUUUCUUUCACUUUCAUUUUUUAUCUAUCAUUUCCUCUCUUAAUAUUUAUCUCUACAUAUUCCGAUCUUUUUAAUCUCUUUCUUUCUGUUACUUUCAUUUACUUUCAUUCUUUAUUAUUCCUUCUCUUAAUAUUUAUCCCUAGAUAUUUUGAUCUUUUUUAUCUCUUUCUUUCUUUUUCUUUCACUUUCACUUUCACUUUUUAUCUAGCAUUUCCUCUCUUAAUAUUUAUCCAUAUUUCGAUCUCUUAUUCACUUUUUUCUUUUUCUUUCUUUCACUUUCAUUCUUUGCCUAUCAUUCCCUCUUUUAAUAUUCAUCUUUCGAUGUUUCCCUCUUUUUAUCUCAUACUUUCUUUUUUUUUAUUUUUAUCUAUCGUUCCUUCUCUUGAUCUUCUUCCUCUGAUAACUCGCUCUUUUAUUCUUUUUCGUUCUUUUUCUUCCUUCACUUUUCACGCUUUGUCUAGCAUUCCAUCACGUGAUCUUUUGACAUUUCACUAUUUUUUCUCGUUCUUUUUUUAA